GAGCAUUGUGAGGUUUUCCACGUGCCCAAUGGCUAUCAUAAUGAAGUGGUAGUGACUACUAUUCACAAAUGCUUCAGUGGCAGGUAAGUAAUAGGUGUUAAAUGAUGUGGGGCCCUAAUUUUGUGGAGAAUAUUAUUGAUAAUAUCCCAUUUAAUUGAAGAAGUCUUCCAAAUAUAGAUACACCAAUUUCUCAAAGGUAGACAUUUUUUUACAAAUGAAAUAGGCAGCAACGUAUUCUCCUGAAUCAACAGCUACGUGAAUUGUAUCUGGGGUAAAAGCAGUAACAUUUGUCAUUCCAAAUAUGUUUGCUCAUGAAGCAACAAUUCGACUUUUUCCCACCGCUUCAAUUUCAUUGUUCCAUUUCAUCGCGUUGUUGAAUCCGGGCUUUCUUCAAAAUAAAGUAAGGUGGAAGAGGAGUAGUUCUUGGCAUAUAAGGUUUGGCAUACUAAUUGUGAAAAUCUCGUGAUUAAGUUGAGUUCCUUGGACGACGUAAGGUAUGUAAAGCUAACCCUUCUUUCUUUUGACAUGAUCUUUAUGAAACAAACAAACGACGUGUAUAUGAUUCCAAAGAAGUUCUUAUUCUUAGAGCCACUAGAAUGGCUAAUGUUCUUGACUUCCAGAAGCUAUUUCAUUAUGUCUUGACACGUGUAUAUGAUUCAAGAAGUUCUAUUUUGAUAAAAUCCGUAUUGACAUUCGAAAGGUAAUUGAUAUGGCUAUUGUCUUGAUUUUCAAAAGAUGAUUCGUUUUAAAUAUUCUAUUGAGUCUUUGAAUUCCAUAAGCUAUUUCAUGUUAGCUUGAUAUGUGUCUAUGAUUCCCGAAGUUCCAUUUGACAUAAUCCAUGAUGAUAUUUGAGUGAUACUUGAUAUGACAGACUCCUUUGACACUCAAGUGUUAGUUUAUUUUACUUAUUCUAUUGAGCCUCGGAUGAUGACUUGGUUUGUAUAUGGUCACUCACUACUCUGCUCGUGCAUGCUGUCAUGACGUCUUUCACCGAGUCCCGGGCUAGGUAUAUUAUCGUGCACAGUGUCACUGCAUUAUUCACCGAGUCCCUUACUAGAGGGCCGAGUACGGUAUAUGUAUAUGAUGAUAUGAUGAUAUGUUUAUGGCACCGAGUCCCAUGAUGGGCCGGGUAUGGUAUACGUGUACACAACUUUAUUCACCGAGUCCCUUACUAGAGGGCCAGGUACGGUAUAUGUAUAUGAUGAUAUGAUUAUGGCACCGAGUCCCAUAAUGGGCCGGGUAUGGUAUAUGAUAAUGAUAUGCAUGAUUUUGUUUCGUAAAGCACAGGUACAGUGAUUUCUUGAUUAUCAUACUUGUCUCCUGGAAUCUCUACUUCGGUUAUGAUCUUCCUUAAUGUAUUUCAUGCUUUAUAUACUUAGUACAUAUCUCGUACUGACCCCCUUUCUUCGGGGGUGGGUGGGGGGGCUGUGUUUCAUGUCCGCAGGUACAUAUACUCGGUUUGGUGACCCUCUAGCUUAGGACUUCUGCUUAGCUGUUUUGGAGAGCUCCAUUGUUCCGGAGCCUAGAUUAUUUUGGUACAGAUUUAUUGAUGUUGAUUUACGCAUAUCCAGGGGUACGGCGGGGCUCUGUCCCAUCAUAUUUCACUAUUGAUACUCCUAGAGGUCUGUAGACAUAUGUGGGUUGUAUAUGGGUUAUGGCCAGCUGUGUCGAUAUGAUUUGUUCUGGAUAUUCCCGUAUGUAGUGGCAGCCUUGUCGGCGUGCGUAUUGUAUUAUGCUUUGGUUAGCUGUGACUCCUCAGGAGACAGGUUUAUGACAUGUGACGCUAUGAAUCUUUAGUUGCCUUUACAAGAUUCCAUACAGUCCUCAGUUCAGUCUGACUAUGUCUAACAGGUUUGUAUAUGAGUGUCCAGCUCAGGCACUAGUCAUGGCCCAUGGGGUUGGGUCGUGACAUGUUUAUUCCAAAACAAUCCAGUUGGAUAGUCAGGAAGAUAAUUGCUACUAGAGAAUGGUUCUCUACAGUUGCAAUCUCUGUUAUACCUACACUACAACUGCCCAUAAAAGAGGGGAAGUACAGUAUUAAAAUUGCUUAUGGGAUGAUGCUUCCUCAGUACCCAAAGGUGAACUUGAAAUCCUUGGUGAUACUUCAAGGCCCUAUACCUAGGCACCAAUUUAUUAUAUGGUUAGCAUUGCACCAAAGACUGUCAACAGUAGAUAGAUUGAGAAAAUGGGGCAUACAAGUGCAAACAGACUGUGUUUUAUGUGAAAAUGUAGUGAUUGAAUCUCAUGAACACCUAUUCUUUGAUUGUGGAUAUUCUCAACAUAUAUGGGCAGCUAUUUUACAGUGGGUGGGACUGAACAGAGACAUUGGCUAUUGGCACAGUGAAGUAGAAUGGUUGGGCAAGAAGGUAAGGAGCAAAAGACCAUGGAAUGUUAUACUUGGUUUCCUCUUUACAGCAACGGUUUAUCAUGUUUGUAUGGAGAGAAACAAUCACAGGUUUAACAAGCAGAAGAAGACAUUCGAGUCUCUCAUCAGAGAUAUUGCUCUGCAACUACAUAUUGUGGGGCAAAAACAUGUUAGAUGGGCACUUUGUUUGCAUAGAUUAAAUAGAUUUCCAAGGGUGUAAGACCACACCUGAACAUAUAACAGGUUGGUCACUAUAGAGUGUUUGAUAUUGUUCUUAUUGGUUAGUGUGGAGAAUCCUAGCUGAGUCCAAAGCUAGUUGUAAAUAUUUGCUACUGGUUGAAUAAAAUAUUUUCACUUGACCAAAAAAAAAUGGAAGGUCCUAUGAA